AUGCAUGGGGAUUCCCAAAGAGUUAAGUUCCAGUUGAAACUGGACAGGAACGGAGCUAGGGGAUGGCUGGAAUUGGAAGUCGAAAAUGGGAAAUGGCAUGGAUCAGUUGGUGGCAUCGUGGGUGCACCCAUAGACAAAGUGUGGAACAUAGUUGCUCAAAGUAAAAAGCUUUCAGAAUGGAUGCCAAUGGUUGAACAAUGCACUGACUUGGCCGGGGAAGAAGGCAUACCAGGCUAUGUUCGGCUAGUCUCUGGUUUCAUGUUCCCUCAGCAGGAUGGAGAAAGGUCGUGGGUCAAGGAGAAGCUGGUUUCCAUGGACUCAACAUCACGUAGCUAUGUGUACAGAAUGGAAGCAAGCAAUGUGGGCUUAGACGGGUCUGUAAACUCAUUAAAACUAGUAGAUUAUGGGGAUAAUUCGACACUAGUUGACUGGUCAUUUGAGAUUAACCCUCUGGAAGGCGCAUGUGAAGACAGCCUUAUUGAUUAUAUAGGAUAUCUCUAUAAAUCUUGCAUUAAUAGAAUUGAGGGUGCUAUUGAAGUAGCAUCCAAGAAAGUUUGA